CUCAACAUUCGGGAUACUCAGAGUAUACUUCUACAAACAGUAGCGGAUAUACCGCAAGUUACAACAACCCAGGUGAUUACAAGUCAGUGGUGCCAGUAUAUGGACAGCCAAGUGAGACCGCAUACGCUCCAAAGAACACGGCAGGUGGCAGCUUCUAUAGCCAACAUGCCAACUCAAGCCCUGUAACGCGCGUCACCAAGUCUAUAACUACCACUACAAGGACGCUCACAAGUACAACCACCCAUUCGACUGCUGCACCACGCAUCCCGGGAAACAAACAACAGGACGCACCCCAUCCUGCUUGCCCAUUAAACCCCUCACUGAAGAGCGAAAAAGAGCGGGAAGUUUACGCAUCGUCUUGUGCUGAGUUACCACCGGGUUUGAGAGAUUACGUUGGAUGUCCAAUAGAGAUGCCCUACGAUCUCUCAUUAGACAAAGUGAAGGGCGAUGCACCAAUCGAAAAUUAUUUCGUCAAUGACGAUCUUAAACAGUCCCCCCAAUUAGUGGAAGGUGAUAUCCGUAGAUUCCGUACACCUUCCACAACGGAUAUAAAUGGAAUACGACAGGUGUGUGGAAACCACGGUAUUUGGGCCGGUGGAGUACCAUAUGUUAUUGACGCUGUCUUUUCAUCUGAUCAAGUGGCAUUUAUAACCCAACGAAUGUGCAGUAUCGGUAACCGGACCUGUGUCCGCUUCUUCCCGCGGUCAAACGAAAAGGAUUUUAUUAAGAUUGUUAGUCGCCAUGGGUGCUGGUCAUAUGUCGGGCGGCAAGGCGGGAAACAGCUGGUAUCUCUUGAGAUUCUGAAUGAAAACGGCCAAAGCUGUCUCAACGGAACAAGCGUAGAACACGAACUACUCCACGUUUUAGGUUUUCUUCAUGAACAUACCAGAAUGGAUCGCGAUGAAUUUAUAAAAAUAGAUUUGGACAAUGUGGAGGCAAAAUUUCGAGGCCAGUUUGCCAAAUACUCACGAAGGAAUUCCUGGUAUCGUCGCAUCCCUUACGACAUUCGGUCCGUUAUGCACUACGCGAGUGAAGCUUUUGCUCGCGAUCCCCAGAAACCGGUGAUAACAACGCUCACACUCCAGAACGCCGGUUCCAUAACACUAUCCGGGCUUAUCCGGCCGGCUACAGUAUUAAGCGACCUGGAUUACGAGCGGAUUAAUGAGGCGUACGGAUGCAGUCCGCAGUCCCCAGGUCUGACAUGUGGCGUCCCAUUAACCGGUAGCACCUCUGGUUACGGAUAUUCGGCAAAUGAUGACAGUUCUUGUGUUUAUCGAUCUUCGACUGGGCUUGAUGAUGGUUCAUCCGAUCCUGUUACCGACAACACUUGCAAGAAAUUCAAUCCAGGAUCCGCAGGUCAUCCCGGUUAGCUGAUUUGCGACCGAAAGUCAUUUGUUGCCGGCUAAUCGACAAUAAGUGAAGUUGACGAGUACAUACUAAUUUUUUCCAAGCGUUUUAGAAACGAUUGUUUGUUCAAGCACCCAUGUCAUUCACUUUUUCGACACAUAUUUCGUAUACAGCGAACAGAGCGAACCGCCGUUUGCAAAUUUAUUUAUGUGUGCUGGUUAAAAUCACUAAUGCACUGAAACUGCAUGAACAUUAAUCAGCCUCAAUGCAGUAUUUAAGAAUUCUCUUUCUCGAAUGCAAGCUGCUAAAGCUAAGCUUUAACUCGUGUCCUUGCAAAUAAAAGU